AUGAAAUGUCAUGCUCUUUGCGUGAUCGGUGUCCUUCUUUGGACCCAGACUAGCACAGUCGACGCUCGAGUCCACUGGUCAGAACUUCUCGGAAGCCUGGGAAACUCUGUUCGCAAUUUCAUCUCGGUAUCGCGCGUCACCUCGAAUGGCCAACAGAAAUCUCAAGAACAAUCUUGGUCAGCCAAUUCGCUACGUGAACUGCAAGACGUUCAUCAGGCGCUCAACGAUUCUCUUGAUGCAAGCACAGUAUUCGAACCGACAUACAGUGCUUACGAUUAUUUCGACUUCGUCAAUUUUCCAGCCGAUCCUGAUGCUCAGGCUGCCGCGAUGGUCAAAACCACGAACUCUCUGUUAGGUGCUCAAAUACUUUUGGCCGAGUCGUUGCCCAUACUCGAUGCUGAAUCCAUAAAGCCAACACCAGACAAUCCAUCGUUCCUCCGUUACUUUCAUCCAGCUCAACUGACUACAGUUAGAGAAGUUUUGAGCGUCCUGGUGGCGAUCUUGGGCGGCCCAACCCCCCCAAUCGCCGAGUAUCGAAGGUGCCUAUACGAGAGAUACAGACUAGAAAAGCUUGAAAUUUCCUACGGCAAACAUCCCGCCCUUAACAUUGCAGAUCCAUGUGCCAAGUGGGGUACAGAUGCUUUUAGCCAUGAUUCUGCAAGAGUCAUGAUGCACGAACUUAUGCAUUGGGAGAUGGCAACGUUGAUAGCAUACCCUUUUUUCAUUGAGGAUGUAUUGGUGAAACAUCGAGCAGGCUUUGAGACCGCGGCUUAUGGCGCCUGGCUUUCGACGAUACUCAAAAGAUCGGGAGGGGAGUCUGAGCGAACUCCAGGACGAGCGGCUACCACUCUAGACAACGCCGACAGUUAUGUCUCUAUGAUGUUGGAACUUUACUACAAGGUACGAAUCAGGACAAUCGAUUUUCAAUGGAAAUACUCACAGAUUGUGCAGGCCACAUACAACCUUCCAGACUGGACAGAUCCACCGCCACGAGUCUCCAUUGAUGAUAUCCGAGCAGGCAGAGGCAAGGACCCGUGCGGAGUUAUCACGUGA